AUGCCCGACCCCUCAGUUGUUGAUCUCAUCCUAACCAAGCUGUACUUAGGCCUGAUACAGACCGCAACGGCGGAGUCGCGAGUGAUUGCACACCUCCAGCAACAGGCCACUGGGGACUCUUCACUAUCGCCCACCCUCGUCGAGCUUAUCCCUGCCCUGUUAAUGACAAUCGAGAAGAGCGACGGGUCGCCUCAAGAAUUAUUUCAAGCGCAAGUCUGCCUGGGAUGGAUCCACUGGGUCCUGAAUGAGCCCGGGCUUGCGGCGGCACGCCUUCCUAGAGACUUUGCUGUAACGGUCGAGAGCUUGGCCAGUGGUGGUGAGGAACCGAGCACCUGGACCGAGGUAUGUUUGGUGAAGGGAUGCUAUAUCAAAGCUACUGCGCAAUCGAGCGUUUCGAAUAUCGACGAGACCAUUGAGACCUUCGCAUCCCUGAUCCCGUGGCUCAAAAGCGGCAAAUUAUCGUCGAUCACCACCCCUCAAUUUCUGAGUUGGUCCGAGUCUCUUUUGGGCAAGGGUGGUAUCUUGGCUAGCGAGGAAGCGAGAAGGAACGCAGCGUAUUCGAACCCCAAGAAUGUGGACAUCGCUUUACAGCUGCUGCGUUUGUGGGCGGCGCAUCCCUGCGUCAAACAAGGAACGCCUGCUACAUCCAAUGUGGAUGACUCCGCACCGGCUUCUCGGUCAUCAAUCUGGACUGGCUACUACGCAUUUCUCACAACCAUUCUUCAGCACGGACUCCCAUACACAGGCCCCAACGAUGGACCACACCGUCCUCAACAGGCGAACGAAUUGCGCCGUGUAGAGACUAUCUGCGAGAGCAGUUUUCUCCGUGAAACCAAAUUCCCUACUGCCGAUUCCCAUAAUGUGCAGGUCGAGCAAUGGAUUGAACAAGUUAUCAGCAAUUGGGAAAUCAUGUGUGGCCCUGAGUGGCAAGAUUCAGACCUAGCCGAAGGAGGUCAGGAUGCCAUUGGUCGCAAUGUAUUGGAAAUUUUGUAUCGCGCGGCCACAAAGACAUAUCACUCCCAUUUAGUGCUCCGUCGGCUAUUCCAUGUUCAUUCAGCUCUGGCAGACUUCGAUCUUGCAUUCAAGGCACUUGAUUCAUAUAUUGAGAUUGUGACAGCCGCUAAGAAGCGAGCCGAAAAGGCAGCCGAAUAUGGCGAGCUGGAAAAGGAUGAGACCCUAUUGCAGACACUUUCCGAAGGCGUGACCCUACUCAGUUGCCUUGGCUCCUUCGAGGAGGCAGAGAAAGCUCGAGAUCUCACCGAUAUGAUCAAAGAGUAUACUGAUAAACAUGACGCUACUGCCACAAAUGGUCAUAUAAACGGUGACUCUUCAAUCCAGCCAACAAUUCCUCCUGAGGUGCUGGCUUCCUCGUACCGCGCCAUCGGUGUUGGUCUUGCAUGCUGGGCAAAUUGGACCCCCGUUAAUGAAAUGCGCGACGAGAUCAGAUCUGAGGCAAUUGAGUACCUCGAAAAAAGUCUUGCGCCGGAACUAGGAUGCAGCUCAAGCUAUGCCUCUCUUUAUACAUUGGGUCUUGUUUUGGCCGAGAACAGAGAGCUAGAUGCUGCGAUUGACUAUAUCAAAUCGGCUCUGACGCCAAGUGGCUCGCCUACAACAGAAUCUGACGAUCUCUCAAAGGAGCGAGAUUUGAUUCCCCUUUGGCAUUUGCUAGCGCUGCUCCUCAGCGCGAAGCAGGAAUUCGAGAUUGCGGGUCGUUCCUGCGAAGCUGCAUUCGAGCAGUUCCCCCGUGACAUAUUCUCGAAGGGCAUCCGUGAUCGGCGGUUAUCGAGACAUGCACAAAAUUUCAGUCAGCGUCCAGUCGUCAGCCGUUUGCAAGGCAGGGAGAAGGAACGAAUCAUUCAGACUCGCAUUACACAGCUUGCUUUCAUUGAGCUUUUGGAGGGCCCUGAAGCCGCUGUCAACCACAGCUCACAGAUUCUAAGUCUCUUUGGAACACUAUUCCAGAAUCUCGAUCUUGAGACCGGGGUACCCAAAACCAAGGACGAACAUCUUGUGCCACCAAAGAGCUCCGCUGGCACUACCAAGAGCCUCCGUGGCAGUAUCUUCGGUCGACGAAUGUCCCAAUUACCGGAUCGAAGCGUCAGUCAAAACGGUUUGGAUUCUUCUAUUCCCCCCACACCACCCAUUCCUGCUGGUCACCUGUCCGAGGCUCCGUCAAUUCAUGUCACAGAUGAAGACCCCCACGGUCGCCAAGGAAGGCAGUCUACGGUUCAAAGGACAGACUCCAAGAGACUGAAGAAGAAGCGAAGCUCAAGCUUCGCCCGACACGAAAGACCCCGUGUCGAGGAGCCUCCGCUCCCCAAUGGCAAUGAUGCAUCAGCGGACAUGGUCGGUAUUGCUGUUUCUGGCAACUCUACGCCAGACUCUGCUGUGCAGUCAUUCAAGGGCAAGCACCCCCUGCCGCCGCUACCGCCCAACGCCAACCAUAAAGAACAACUCUCACAGCAAGAGAUCAGGCAUCCAAGGCCCCAUCGUUUUGAUUCGCCCACGAACGCUAUUACAAAGUUCUCUUUGGUCCAAUCCCAAAAGCAAGCCUUGGGACUGCUUGUCAAAAUAUGGCUUGUCAUUGCUGGACUUUAUCGUCGGGCGUCUAUGUUCGAUGAUUCCCAAGAAGCCUGCGAAGAAGCCUUGAAACAAGUAGCACGGGUCGAAGCGCUUGUUGCGUCGAUUGAGUCAUCUGCUCGGUCCUUCAGCAAGCGUGGCUGGGGUGCAUCAAAGAGCUCCGAAGAACUGUGGGCCGAUGUUUACGCCGAGCAGGGACUUCUAUUCCAGGCCCGGUCAAACCCUCACCAGGCCAUCAGGUAUUUCGAGGAUGCGCUCCUUCGUUAUCAAAACCAUCCCAUCGCCACUAUUGGGCUUGCAAACCUUCUAUUGGACAUAUGGGACGAGACACUCACUUUGGAGCCAUCAAACCCCGACGUAGAUCUCAAUGCCUCACGUCUAUCAUUGUUGUCGGACACGCCCAAGCCCAAGUCUGCCAAGGCUAUCUCCACUGAAGAUUUGAAGGUAUCGCCUGAGACGGAAAAUGAGGAGUCGGAGGAAUCGCCCUCGUCCGCUCAGGAUGUCGAGCCCAAGCAGCUCCACCGUCUUGCGGCCCGUGAUCGUGCGUAUGGGCUUCUCUCGGCUUUGACCAAGCUCGGUAGCUCCUGGGAUAGCUCGGAGGCGUGGUAUGCGCUCUCCCGGGCAUACGAAGCUGGCGAGCAGAUUGAAAAGCUAAAAGAAGUGCUGUGGUGGUGCAUUGAGUUGGAGGAUCGACGACCAAUCCGUCACUGGUCUAACAUUGGCUCUGGUGUCUAUGUUCUCUGA